CUCAGACCUACCUCUUCUGUGAGACUGUGAGACUGUGAGCCUUUCUCCGAGUACCCCAUCUACAGACAACCACGAUUGCAGCGUCCGAUCUGCUUAUCGAUUCUUCUCCUUUGCUUCCAGUUCACUCACUGAUCUAUUAUUGACUACCUAACGAGCAGCGAAUUGACGACACUGGUUCGCAGGUGUCCGUGAACCACUGAUCAGAGCCCUCUCUGGUUCCUUUUCGCAACUUCCGGCUUCCCAGAAACGCACUAUCUGGACACAUCCUCAGAUAUCUGUAGAGAAACUGCUGUUUCUCAUGCUAUCGGUCCCCGGGCUGAAACCCCUGCCUCUACGCCAGUCCUCUAGCUAUCAUUCACCCACCAAUCGCUUUCAUCACCUUCUUGUUUCUAGCAUCGUAUCGCCUCUUUGCAUAUCUCCAAGAAUCGAAUACACAGCUCCCAGAGACUCCCAUAGCAAGUCACUAGUCCGAACACACCUACACGAUGUCAAAACAAGCACACCAUGACUCUAAGGAUGAUACGACCUCCCUUCCCGAUUCUGCCGAGUCUGUCCCGCAUCCUAUGUCUAUCACACCGUACAAGUUUACCAAGACAUGUCAUGCCAUCGGUCCGCGGUUCCAUAAGCGUACCAGCUUCCACAAAUUUGGAGAGCUUCCGGCGGAGAUCAGGGUCUUGAUCUGGGAAGCCGCAAUGUUACCCCGAGUUCAUGAACUACAUCCGUGCUCGAAGCUGUACAAUGAACGAAUGACCUUCCGGUCGAACAGCAGUCGAGCUCCCUCCAUCUUUCAUGUCAACUUGGAGGCCCGCUCAGUUGCUAUGAAGAACUACGAGCUGUUCGAUUAUCGACCUCCAGGUAUGCCGAAUGGCAAGGGCAUACUGCGGUUCUACUUCAAUCCCAAGAUGGAUACGCUGCUGCUCAACAGUUUGAUGGGCCUCUUCGUGAUGUUCAUGCUGUUGGAUGACGAUGUCGAAGACUAUCAUACUCUGGGUGGUCUCGGAGUCAUGAAGGGCUGGAGGUAUGUGGCAUUCGAUGCUCAAAGGGCUGAACUCGUAUCACUCCUCUCAGGAGUCGCUGGCCAUGCUCCUCAGCCUCGCUUCAAGAGCAUAUUCCCGGCUAUGAAGCAGCUGAUCAUUGCGUUCGACUACAACUCCAAAGGCAAGACACGUUUUCGUACCUCGGUCUGGCCUGGUGAGAACGGCACUUGCUUGCUGGAUAUUGAUCUCCCGCCCACGAUCAACUCGGACCGGAUUGGAAGUACUCGAGAACUACUCAAGAUGAGCGAGACCAUAUUCGGUCCCAUGCGAGAAUACCUUGAAAGCGAUUACAAGGAGGAGGCUGGUGGAAUACCGGGCAUUUCAUUUGCGAAGGUCAAGAGAAAGAAGUUCAUUAGGGGCGAUCUGAGAUAUGCGUUCAGGAAGACGUGUUCUUUCGUUGGAAUCAAGCCUAGAGGAGUGUUCAGACGUCUAUAAUAUGGCCGAGAGGGAAUUCGCCAGGAAGCUACAUUUCCAGCUGGAGUCCAUCGUAUUCCCCCCCCGUGGGAGCCGAUAUGUUCGAGGACGGUAUUGCCUUGCUGUCUUCUGGUACUACAAUUCAACAGGGAUCCUGUAUGGCGAAGAACAUGGCCUGCGGCCAUAUGGGGACAUGCAUGACCACUCACAGCCCGUUGUACGGUAUUGGGGUCUGCAUAAUCCAAAAGAUGGGUCAAGAAUAUUGAUCGUUUCCAUUCCGAUAGGCGAAGGACCCGAUGCUUUCUUACAAUAGUACAUACGCUUCAGGGCUGGUCUUGCAGCUCUGCUGGCUAGUUCUUUGAUCUUAACUGCGCGAGCUGGCAUUUUGAAAAUGAGGAUCUACUUUUCUGUAAUGAUCUCACGAAAUAGCUGAACAUAACGGAAGAAUAUGUCAAAUGUGCU